AGCGGACACUGACUACAUGGUGCAUAUUAUAAGAUAUGCAAACAAAUUCACCUUCUUCACUCUUCGCCUUCCCUCCAAUCCCGAGUUUGCUACAGCUCGAAGGUGACUGUGGACACGUUUAAACAAGUACGAUUACUCGGAGAAAUACAGCAGCCGUGAUGAAUGACACCCAGGACCAGACAAGUUCACCACCCGCAAGAAAUGCCUGUAAAGUGGAGCUGAGAGUCUCCUGCAAGAAUCUGCUGGACCGGGAUACGCUGAACAAGUCCGAUCCCUGUGUCAUCCUCAUGGGUCAGGGGGAGGGAGACUGGGAAGAGAUAGACAGGACAGAGGUCAUCAAGAGUAACCUGAACCCUACCUUCAGCAAGGUCUUUACUCUGGACUACCUCUUCGAGGAGGUGCAGAAGCUGCGUUUCGAGGCAUACGACAUCCAUGGGUCUCAUAGCAUCGACACCCAUGAGGAUGACUACCUGGGAGGCAUGGAGUGCACGCUUGGCAAGAUUGUGGCUCAGAAGAAGAUAGUAAAGCUUCUUUCUCUGAAAUAUGGGAAGAAUGCUGGGAAAUCCGCUAUAACGGUGAGCGUGGAGGAAAUUUCAGGAAACAAUGAAUAUGUUGAGCUUUCCUUUUCUGCAGAGAAACUUGAUGACAAGGAUCUCUUCAGUAAAUCGGACCCAUUUUUGGAAAUAUAUAGAAUUAAUGAUGAUGAAACAGAACAACUGGUCCACAGAACCAAGGUAAUCAAGAACAAUCUAAACCCUGUUUGGGAGACAUUUAAAGUGUCUCUGAGCUCUUUGUGCAGCUGCGAUGAGGACAGGAGGCUGAAGUGCCUCGUCUGGGAUUAUGAUUCCAGGGGAAGGCAUGAUUUUAUUGGAGAAUUCUACCCCACAUUCAGAGAAAUGCAGACAGUAACUGAAGAAAACAAGGUUUCAUGGGAAUGUAUAAAUCCAAAGUACAAGUUAAAGAAGAAGAACUACAAAAAUUCUGGCGUGGUCAUUCUCUCUGAGCUGAAGCUUCUCAGAGUCUAUUCCUUCUUGGAUUACAUCAUGGGGGGAUGCCAGAUACAUUUCACAGUGGCUAUUGACUUUACUGCUUCGAACGGGGACCCUAAAAACAGCUGCUCUCUACACUACAUCCACCCCUACCGGCCCAACGAGUACCUAAAUGCCCUGGUGGCACUGUUGGAGAUCUGCCAGGAUUAUGACAGUGACAAAAAAUUCUCUGCUUUGGGCUUUGGUGCAAGGAUUCCCCCAAGUUAUGAGGUCUCUCAUGACUUUGCCAUUAAUUUUGACCCGGACAACGAUGAAUGUGAAGGAAUCCAGGGCAUCGUGGAAGCGUACCAGAACUGCGUUCCCAAAAUCCAGUUGUACGGCCCAACCAAUGUGGCCCCUAUCAUAAACAAACUGGCCAAAGUGGCAGCCCGGGAGAAAGCGACCAAAGAUGCCUCGCGAUACCACAUCCUCCUGAUCCUCACCGACGGCGUGGUGACAGACAUGGGGGAAACACGUGAGGCCAUCGUACGUGCCUCCUACCAGCCCCUGUCCAUCAUCAUCGUUGGAGUGGGAAACGCUGACUUUACAGACAUGCAGAUCUUGGAUGGAGAUGAUGGGGUCCUGCGUUCACUCAAAGGGGAGCCUGUGCUGAGGGACAUCGUGCAGUUUGUGCCCUUCAGAGACUUCAAAUCGGCCUCUCCUGCUGCCCUGGCCAAGUGUGUUCUUGCUGAGGUGCCCAAGCAGGUGGUAGAGUACUACAGUCAUGUGGGAUAUGGGCCCAAGACGCCAGUGCUGGAUUCACCCACCUCUGUGCCCAACACCCCUGAGUAAUGAAGAAUCCUGUCAGCAAACAGACCCAGGUUGUUCGGAUAGAUUGCCUACUAAAGCCAUAAUCAAGUGUUUCCAGUAUGUUUGACCCCAUGAAAAGAGAAUUAUAAGGUGUUCAAACACCCUCCUGACAUUAUGGUAUUUCAUUAGCUGAUGUUACACCUUAGAGUCCAUUGUUUUCCUACGAUUUCCCUGCAACUCUGUAUGUCGACAGCAUCACAUGAACUAAACAGCUUCAGGUGUCUUGCGUAGUGGCUUCCUGCAAACACUGGUAUUCGCUAUGUGAUGCUGUCUUGAAAGUAGUCUAGAAUAGUUAUACAUUGUGCUUUUUCAGAUGUGAUAGAAAAAUAUUUUUUGUAUUUCAUAAAGAUGUUUUUUGUUCUCAGAAAUCGAAUAGUAAGCAGCCAUAAUUGAGGAAAAAUGUCAUGAAGAUGGGCUUUUACUCGAUGCUUUAAAUAUAGAGGGGUCCAGGUCAUCGGCUAUUGUCCAUGUCUCUAUUCACACUGUUCAUUCAUGCCCCCAUAAAGAUCCCAGCUGGAUAAAAGACCUUCUGUGAUCCUGUUAACUGACAUUAUUAAAUAUGUCCACAAUUUAGACAAGACUGAAAUAACACACAAAUCAAUAUGACACCCACCAGUAGCUCUUGUAGAACAAGAGUGUGUACGCAAAGUAUGUUUGAGUUAUCACCACUACUCACUGAGACACUUCAGAGUGAGAACAUGCAGGUUAAAUACAAGGUGUGACUUGUAAAAUAUUGGCAUGAAAAGGAAUAUGGAAUGUACCAAUACAAUCUACCAGCAAACUGAGAUAUGAAGGAACUGGUCACAUUUAUUUCUCACUGGUGGUUUGGAUUCCUUUCACCCUGGUGGUGUGACCUCCACUGUCUUUCAGUUAGACAAAGAAAAGAGGGAGGUAGCUGUAUAAAGAAGAAGUCACCAUGACACUGGUAAACACCCCUGUCCUUAACUGUAUUUUGGUGCAGUCCUAGAAAUAUUUCUGCAUGCUUACCUCAGUGCACUAAAAAUGUUUCAUCCAUUGGAUUAAAAUGUUUACGCCUGCAAUCUUUCUUCCAGUUGCCUAAACUGCAUAUUUUCCUGUCAACUCCUUAACAGCCUAUAAGUAAAUGUUUAAAAGCAUCUGCAUGUGUGACAGUGUUGCAAUGUGGUACGUGAUUGUGACACAUUUUCCUCUGAACUUCUUUUUGAAAGAAAAAAUAUAAAUAAAGAUGAAUAUUUACUGCCAUUUUA